AAACGUCAAAAUUUCGCCGCCGGUCGAGGUGUUUCUCAAUGCCUGUAUUUAUCUGCUUUUUACUAGUCUUUCACUAGAGAAAACUCAGAGAAAUCGAUACGAAGUGUAAUAGAGUGUAUGUACAACCAGAAGCCGUAAUAAUCUUUGUGGAAGAGGUGAAAACUACGCAGUUAUUUCAAUGUGAUUCUGUUGGUUCGACCGGGCAAAUUACAGGAAGGAAAAAUGAAUGAAAAACGAGAGAUUGACGCUCUUCUGUGUUGGACAACCAACCAGGUGGACAAAGGUGUCUAUGUAAUCACUCCGAACAAGCUUGCGGUAGUGUUUUUGCUGCAGGAGUACGUGAAAUUGAGACCAGUGCUCUUAAAGAAGGCUAUGGACUUUUUACCCAAGUACCGGAAGAACUUCAAUCUCCUCCUGUUGAAACUGAUUCAGUAUCCGGACAUGUCUUACAAGGAGCUAUACGACCAUCUCAUCUCUUCGACAUAUCGGCUGCAUGAUGAACACUUAGCAGCCUUUCAGAAAGUCGUAUCAACGAUCUUAGAAGGGGGGAUUGAGGUGUUUCACAACUUGCCGGCAAACAUUGAGAAGAUCAUGAACGACACUGCUACGCCACCUGGAGGAAUGACACAACUGGGUAUUGGUGGACUCCUUCUCAGGCGAUUUGUCAUCACCCUGGAUAGGAUGACAUUCCCAGAACUGAUAAAACUCUACCAGAACGUCUGUGAAUACUUUCAGAAGAGUAUCAGAGCAAUUGCUCUGGGCUCCAAGGAAGCAGGACUGAUGAUCGAUCUGGAAGAGCAAGACGACGCCGUGAAUCGCCUUAAGGGCGACAGGGAGUUCGGUCGGUGGUCCAGGCGGCAAACGGACCUCUUUGUGGCUCAACAGUGCUCUCUUCUGCAGUGCAACGAAACAAAAGCUCUCAAUCCCAGAGAUUUACAAGCCAAACUGGCGGAGAUUAUAAUGGACAAUCCUCUCUAUUCUCAAGCGCACUUCUUGAAUUACCUCAACUGCGUUCGCGUGAGAGAUUACGUGGGCGCUGUGGACAAUCUUCAUCGUGCUUUCGACAGGAACGCCGUGAAGAAUCUGUCUUCUGUGGAGACGCGCGCUUAUCAGUAUUUGAGUCUAAACCUGGCCAUUCUUCACGCCCAGUUCGGAUACAUGCGAGAGGCUCACGUUAGUCUUCGCGAGGCAAUAAUGCUCGCCCAGGAAGUUGGCGAUCGCACAUGCCUUCAACUGGCCAAUUCUUGGCUCAGUUACCUUGACCACCACAAGAUUCAGGUUCCUGAUCGCGUGCCCGCUAACUCAGUCGAAGCCAAUAUCAUCAAAUCCAUCUCUCUGGGCAUCCAGUUCUUCGUCAAGUCCGUCGCUCAAUUAGGCUUCGAGCCCGCCAAGCAAUUUGAGUUGCUAAUGUGGAGUGAUUACUUUAACUGCCAACAAUCGAUGCAGGAAUUAAUUGCCAAUUGUAUGGCCGAGAAAGCCGCUCUCUGGACACUCUACGGGCGCUAUGACCUGGCCUCUCUCACCAGCCAAGUCCUACUAAGCGCCAAUAUGACACAGAUGGGCAAAACGUAUAAUGGAGAGAAUCUCUGUCAUGCUUUGUGCUGCCUCGCCUUGUGGCUCAGCUUAAACGGAGACCAUUUCCGAACGUUUUCAGUUCUUCAGUAUGCCCGGAAGUGUUUCCCACGCGACCCCAACGCUCGUCUGUGGACUCUAACUGAACUUCAUGUCGCCGCUACAAAGGCCAUUCACGCGGGGGAAUGGCAGAAGGCCAAUCUCGCGUGCUGUCGCAUUCAUCCACUCGAUAAGAACCUGAGCCUCCUCCAGCGUGCCACCCUCAACAUUGCACGUGGCAAUUUAUCAAUAGCGAACGGACUUCUCCAAACACUUCUUAAGGAUCACAGCCUAGCCAAUCGAGAGCCUCUUGUGUGGACUCGCGCUAUGAUUCUACACGCCACUGCGCUCAUUCCUUCACCCGAAGUCAUCAACGUCUUAAUUGAAGCUCACGAGUUUGCACGUCGCAAGCAUUUUGACUACGAAGUCGCCACAAUAGACAGCCUAUUUGCUCAUCAACUUCUUGCCAUGGGAAUGCCAGUGAAAGCCCUAAAGUCCUGUCAGGAAGCUUUGGACGUGAUUCUCCAACAUGGCGGAAUCUACGAUCGUGCUAAGAUCAUGUUCCUCUUCGUCAAGUGUUCAGUAGCAGCCGCAGAGGCGCCGAAGAAACGCCAAGAAAUGGAGAAAUGUGACUCAUUCCUCAUGGAUGCCGUGAAGUUCUUCACCAAAUUGGGUGCUUAUGUGAAAGUCAAGGAUAUUUAUGCCUUCAUGGCGCAAUUCUACCACGAAAUCGGGAUGCAAGCAGAGAGAAAUAAGUGUGCUUUCAAGUUUCGUGAGAUUGAUGAGCAAUAUCCCACCGGAAGUUUCGAAGUGGCCGAUGCCAUUAUUUGAAUCGUCUAUGGAAGUUAAUAAAUCAUGAAGAUUAUUGUUUUCAUCCAACAACGCAGUUACUCUAGUCUCAUCACUCAUGCACAAUUAAACUUUCCAAUCAAUUGUUUUCCCAAGGAGAAAAUAUUGAAAAAUAUAUGCGCUCUUAGAGAAAUCUGAGCCAACUCAAAUAUACCGGCGAUUCCAAAAACGUUAAAAAUAUCACUUUCGUUCUCAAACGUUAACAGAACACAAAUACAAAGUGCCUCCCAGAAAUUUGAUUUUUUUUUAAUAGUGAAGAUUUAAAAAAGCAAAAGCCAAAAACCGCCAGAAAAAAAUGAUUUCGUUCAUAUCUCCACAGGCUCUCUU